UUUCUUUUCUUUCGCGUAAAUAUUCUACCAUUUGAUGACAAAUGCUGUAUAUCAUUUGCGCAAUUUAUCUUAUGGCUUGAAAAUAUUCAAUUCUCAGAUCUAUUAGAGACACAGCAUCUUUUUUUCAAAGAACUUUUUUGUAAAGAAAUUAUCGACUACGCCGACUAUCUGCGUUUGAAUUUUUAAAAACGGUUAUUUGAACGUAAAGAUACACGUGUGUCUUUUUUCUUGCGCGCUAAAGUCCGCAAUCGUUGAUUAUUAUCGCAAAUUAUAGCUUGCUUUGUCGCACAAUUUAUUACAGCGAAAUGCGUAAUUGCGAUUGAUCGUUGCUAACAUAAACAUAGCGGUUUUACCCUGUAAAAUUGUUCUACCUCCCUUGCGACAUUGUGGAGGGGAGUGCAUCACGGAGCUAGACCGGAGGACUCGAUUGCCAUCGUUUUCUUCGCGACGCCACUUCUCGUCUCGUACACAGUCGUUAUUCACCUCGUUGGAAGGAGAGACGAGACGUGCACACGGUUUCCCGGAGUGAUGGUUCAAUGUGACGUUACACACUAUUAUGUCGACAAGUACCGUAAGCCCGUUGCUGAAGAUCGGUCUCGGUUUGAUUGGCAUGUGGCCCGGCGCCUCGCACGCGACGCUUUGCUGGCUCUUUUACAUGACUACCCUCGUCGCGAUGCAGUACUUUCAGUACUCUUAUGUCUACGCGCAUCUCGAUUUUAGCAAUCUGACGGAGCUGAUGGAUGGUCUGGGUCUCACUCUGGACUACACCCUGACGAUACUGAAGCUACUCAGCCUUUGGUUUAAUCGUCGGAUAUUCGCGGAUAUUUUGGUCGGGAUGGAUGACGAUUGGAAGGAUUGCGGGACCGAUUUGCGUGAAUGCGUGAUGAUGGACAAGGCUAAUUUGGCGCACCGUUGCUCCAACGCCAUGAUAUCCGUGAACGCUCUCGCCACUUUUUUGUAUUUUAUCGAUAGUUACGUACGUGGAAGUAUGCUUUCCAAGGAUGGACAGUUGCGCGAGUUUCCGAUACAAAUACAGUUUCCGUUCGAGGUUCACGAAACGCCUUUUUACCAGCUGGUCGGCCUGGGAUUGUUUUUUCAUGUGUUAGAAACGGCGACCGUAAUAGCGAUGCUAAAUGCUUUGAUUUUAACGUUGGUACUUCACGUAAGCGGACAAAUCGAUAUCGUGUGUCUAGAGCUAAGAGAGAUUUCCCCCAUAUCCAAAUCUAGCUCGGUAUUUGCCAAAACGCUCGUCGUAAGGCACCAGAAGAUCAUAUCGUUGUCGAAGAACAUCGAAAGCUUCUUUUCAUUCGUUGCUCUGUUGCAAUUCGUAUGGAACACUUUUGUUAUUUGUGCCUUAGGAUUCAUGGUCGUGAUAUCUUUAGGUACGAACAUGACGAGUAAAUCCGCGAUGUUAAUACAAUUUAUUAUUCCAUAUCUGGCAGUAACCAUAGAAGCUUUUGUAUUUUGUUUUGCCGGCGAAUAUUUGAGCACUAAGAGCAGAGCUAUCGGCGAUGCGGCGUAUGAAGCGGUUUGGUACGAUUUAUCUAUUAGUGAAUGCCGAAUUUUGUUAUUCGUAAUCCUCAGAUCUCAAAAGCGACUGACGAUCACAGCUGGGAAAAUCAUAGAUCUGACACUGGAAGGUUUUACCACUUCAGAGCAAGUCCAUCAUUAAUGCCGCAUACACUUUGGUACGAAUUGUCCACCAGCGAAUGCUGAAUCUUAUUGAUAAUUAUCAGAGCUCAAAAAUGAUUGCUGAUCACAGCUGGAAAAAUCAUCGAUUUGAUUUUACAGAAGGAUUUACAAUAACGUAAGUAUUGCAAUUAGAUAUCAUAUUAUUGAAACUGUACCGUGGUAUGUACAUUAUAAUAAUAUUUAAAUUUUGGAGAAUGUCCAUUUGCUUUUUAAUGCUGUUUGUAUAAGAAUUGGCGUCAUACAUGUCAGUAUAUUAAGCCAAUACUAAACGCAAUGUAUUGAAACUUAAAUUGACUUAUUACGAGUAAUUAACUUUCGUUGAUUAUGUAAAAGAAGGCUUAUAAAAUAAAAAUUGAUAAACUUUA